AUGUCUUCCUUCGCCCGUCCUGUCGCAAGUGAGCUUGCGGCGGUCGACUUCUCAGUCUACUCGUCUGAGGACAUCAAAAAAAUAUCGGUCAAGCGCAUUUUCAACACCCCGUCUCUUGAUUCACUUCAUAACCCUAUACCCCAUUCGCUAUACGAUACAGCCUUGGGAGCUUGGGGGGAUCAUGUCUGUACAACCUGCCGUGCGAGCUCUUGGUCGUGUCCAGGCCACCCGGGCCACAUUGAGCUACCUGUUCCUGUGUGGAAUGUGACUUUCUUUGACCAGACAUAUCGUCUUCUUCGAGCAAAGUGUGAUUUCUGCCAUCGCCUGCGCAUGGCCCGUAUCGACGUGAAUGCCUACGUCUGCAAACUUCGACUGCUCCAGUAUGGAUUAGUAGACAAGACUGCUAAAAUCGAUACCAUAGGCGAGGAUGGAGAUGAUGGUGCUGUCGAUGCUGAUGAAACUGGAAAGGUUGAUCCUCAGACAAAGAUAGAGCUUCGAAAUAAAUUCGUCAAAAAGAGCAUACGCGAGGCCCAAAGACAGGGCGAGAAUGAGGCUUUCUUCACAGGGCUCAAGAAUCCUGUGGCUGCAGAGCAACGUCGAGAGUUAAUAAAGGAAUUCAUGAAGGCUAUUGUGGCGGUCAAGAAGUGCACAACUUGUCACUAUGUCUCUCCAGGAUACCGUAAAGAUCGUUACUCCAAGGUAUUCCGCAAGGCCCUACCCGAGAAAGCAAAGGUAGCGAUGAAACUGGCUGGAAUGACAGCACCCAAUCCUCUCAUCGUCCUGCAGGAGGAAAAGAAACUUCUCAACAAGACUAAAGAACAAGAAAAGCAAGCCGCUGCUAUUGGACAGGUCACUGAACUACAUGGAGCAGAGGAGGAAGUUGUCCGGGCAAACGCUGCGGUUGAUCAUCAAGCCGGUAACCAAGCCGGUUCCGAAGGUGGUCAACAGUUUGUCCCAUCUCCUGAGGUCUAUGCUGCUAUCUGCUUGUUGUUCGAAAAAGAAAGAGAAAUUUUGAACCUGGUCUAUAGCUCGCGGCUUGGAUCAAAAGUUACUCCUGAUAUGCUGUUCGUGAAGAACAUUCUCGUUCCACCGAAUCGUUUCCGUCCACCUGCGCAGCAGGGAGGAGAAAUAAUGGAGGCACAGCAGAACACACCGUUUACGCAGAUUUUGAAAACGUGUGAUUUAAUAAACAUGAUCAGUCACCAAAGGCAGACAGCUGAGUCGACCGGUGCUGCAAUGCGAGAAUAUCGGGACCUGCUCCAAGCCAUGGUUACUCUUCAGGAGCAAGUCAAUAUGCUCAUUGAUAGUGAUCGUGGACCUGCUGGAUUUGCUGCCUCGCGGUCUGCGAAUGGCGUUAAGCAGCUUCUGGAGAAGAAAGAGGGUCUAUUCAGAAAGAAUAUGAUGGGCAAGCGUGUCAAUUAUGCUGCUCGAAGUGUCAUUUCUCCUGACCCUAGUUUGGAGACACAUGAAGUCGGUGUUCCUAUGGUCUUCGCCAAAAAGUUAACUUUCCCUGAACCGGUUACGUCUUUCAACUUCCAUGAAUUGAGAGAGGCUGUGAUUAAUGGGCCAGACAAGUACCCUGGUGCAUCGGCUAUCGAGAAUGAAUGGGGUCAGGUUGUGAACCUCAAAUUCAAGACCCUUGACGAACGUACUGCCCUUGCCAACCAACUACUCGCUCCCUCGCACGCAAAAAUGAAGGGAAAUCGUAACAAGAAGGUUUACCGCCAUCUUACCACUGGUGACUACGUUGUUAUGAAUCGUCAACCCACCCUUCACAAACCUUCGAUGAUGGGACAUCGUGCGCGAGUCCUGCCAAAUGAACGGGUCCUCCGGUUACCUUACCCAAAUACAAAUUCGUACAACGCUGAUUACGACGGUGACGAGAUGAACAUGCAUUUUCCACAGAAUACGUUAGCUAGAGCAGAGCUCUCAAUGAUUACAGAUGCAGACCGUCAGUACAUUUCUUCGACCGACGGGAAACCUCUCAGAGGCUUGAUUCAGGAUCACAUCACAGUAUCGACAUUUUUGACGAGCCGAGAUUCGUUUUUCGAUGAAGAAGAGUACCAGCAGCUUCUGUAUAGUUGUUUGCGUCCUGAACAUGCCAACACUGUCACUGACAGAAUACAGCUUCUUGAGCCGGCUUUCAUUCGUCCACGGCGUCUUUGGACCGGUAAGCAAGUUAUUUCAACUGUUCUUAAGAAUAUCACGCCACCGGACAGGAGAGGUCUUAAUCUCCAAGGGAAAUCAUCAACUCCCGGCGAAAGGUGGGGAAAAGGGAACGAAGAAGACAAAGUCAUAUUUAAGGAUGGCGAGCUUCUUUGUGGUAUCCUCGAUAAAAAGCAAAUCGGUGCUUCAGGCGGCGGCUUCAUCGACGCUAUUCAUGAAAUCUAUGGCAACGCAAUCGCAGGAAGCUUGCUUAGUAUUCUCGGACGGCUUCUUACUCGCUUGUUGAACAUGCGGGCUUUUAGUUGUGGUAUCGACGAUCUUCGAUUGACUCCAGAGGGAGACCGUCGACGUUUGAAUAUUAUUGAAAAGGCCAACUCACUUGGACGCGAAGUGUCCUUGAAAUAUGUCACCCUUGAUAAAAAUCCCAGUUCGGAGCAAGAUGCCGAAUUACAAAGACGCCUGGAAGAUGUCCUACGCGACGAUCAAAAACAGUCUGGCUUGGACAGCGUCUACAACUCUCAAACAAGGAAGCUUACUUCAGAUAUCACCGCCGAGUGUCUUCCACACGGCCUUAUCAAACAGUUCCCUUGGAAUCAAAUGCAGCUGAUGACUACAACCGGUGCUAAGGGUUCAAGUGUUAACGCCAAUCUGAUUUCGUGCAACCUUGGACAACAAGUUCUCGAGGGUCGUCGUGUUCCAGUCAUGGUAAGCGGCAAGACGUUGCCGUCUUAUAGAGCUUUCGAGACUCACCCGCAAGCUGGAGGUUACGUGUGUGGCCGUUUCUUGACUGGAAUCAAACCCCAGGAGUAUUAUUUCCACACCAUGGCAGGUCGUGAGGGUCUUAUCGACACUGCUGUCAAGACUGCGAAAUCAGGUUACUUGCAGCGUUGUUUGAUCAAAGGCAUGGAGGCCGUUAAGGUGGAAUAUGAUUCUUCCGUACGAGAUACUGCCAAUGGAGGCGCUGUCAUUCAGUUUGUUUAUGGUGAAGAUGGUCUGGAUGUCGCAAAGCAAGUUCAUUUGCAAAAUUUCAGCUUCCUGGCACAGAACUACGUCUCCACUAUGGCUCAAUUAAACAUGACUUCGGACUUCCGCUCACUUGAGAAACCAGAAGUCUUACAGUGGCAUAAGGAUGCCUUGAAACAGGCAAAGAAAGCUAGCAAGAAGGAUAUAAAAGAUCCGACUUUGUCCGUAUAUCAUCCUGGUGGACACUACGGCAGUGUUUCAGAAGCCUUUUCGUUGGCCUUAAAGAAGUACGAGGAAAAUAAUUCCGAUAAGCUCCUCAAAGACAAAAAGGCAGGUGUUGCUGGAACAUUGAGCAAGAAGGCCUUCGAAAGCGUUUUACAAAUGAAGUAUUUGAACAGCGUGAUCGAUCCUGGUGACGCCGUCGGUAUCGUUGCUGGCCAGUCUAUUGGUUCACAAACAACCCAGAUGACACUGAACACGUUUCACUUGGCAGGUCACAGUGCUCGUAACGUCACUCUUGGUGUUCCUAGACUUCGCGAAAUUGUGAUGACGGCUAGCAAGAAGCCUAUGACUCCAACUAUGUCGGUGGAAGUCAUCAAGGAGUUAAGCGAGGAAGCUGGACAGUCUUUCGCAAAGGGAAUUAGCAGACUCAGCAUCGCCGAGGUUAUUGAUACUCUUCAAGUGAGAGAGAGCACAACUUCUGGCAAGGGUGCAAAAGCGAAAAUAUACGACAUUGAUAUCAAGUUCUUUGACGCGAAGGAAUACUCCGAGGAAUAUGCCAUUACGAAGCGCGACCUCGUAAGAGCACUCCAGGAUGAGUUUAUACCUCGGUUCAUGAAGAUGAUCAAAGCCGAGAUCAAGAGACGUGAAGACGAAAAGAACCUCAAGUCCAUUACAGCUGCUCAGCCAGAUAUUGGUGUGUCGAUUGGUACCACUGAGUCUUUCGAAGGUGCGCCCCGAGAAACACAAACGACACAAGGAGGAAACGAUGGCGAUGAAGCAGAUGAGGAUAAUGAGGACGAUGAAGAAGAUGCCAAGCGUGCGAACAGCAAACAGAAUCGUGAUAACCAGGUUAGCUACGAAGAGCCAGACGAAGACGAAGAUAGGAUAAGGAGAGACCAGGACGACUCGGAUAUGGACUCAGAUGAUGAUGAGAGCAAACCCCAAAAAGAGAAAACGCAAGGGGACGACUCGGAAUCAUCUGACGAUGAGGAUGAGAUUUCCGCUGAAGCAAAGCUUGAUAGGACGGACGCCAAGAUGCGUGCAGAGGAGAUUAUGGGCAAAUACGACGAUAUCAGUUCAUUUAAAUUCGAUUCGAAGACCGGCAAUUCUUGUUUCAUCCGACUAGAGUAUUCUAUCGGCACACCGAAGCUUUUAGUCCUUCCCCUUGUUGAAGAUGCGGCUCGGCGUUCGGUUAUUCAGGCAGUUCGUGGUCUUGGUGCGUGCCUUUACAACCCCGCUGAUACAGAAAAGGACGAGCCAGCCACCAUCGAUAUUGAAGGUGUGAAUCUGUUAGCCAUGCGCGAUUACCAGGAUUACAUAAACCCGCACAAGAUCCGCACGAACUCGAUUCAUGACAUGCUCAUUUACUAUGGCGUCGAGGCAGCUCGUUCCACCAUCAUCCGUGAAAUGUCAGAUGUCUUCUCUGGUCACAGUAUCACCGUCGAUAAUCGUCAUCUGAACCUGAUUGGUGACAUUAUGACACACAGUGGUGGCUUCAAGUCCUACAGCCGAAACGGACUCAUCAAAGAAAGCAAUUCUCCUUUUACAAAGAGUUCAUUCGAGACUAGUGUUGGCUUCAUGAAAGAAGCUGUCCUUGAGCGGGAUUACGAUGAUCUGAAGAGUCCAAGUAGUCGUAUUGUUGUCGGACGGCUCAACAAUGUCGGCACUGGUGCAUUCGAUAUCUUGGCUCCUGUGGCAUAA